ACUUCCACUUUCCUACUCUCCUCGUACGAAUACCCCCUCUUCUACAUCUUCCCCUUUACACACUCAAGUCACAAUGAGGAUCUACAAGCCCGGACGUGUCGCCGUUGUUCUCGGUGGAAGGCAAGCAGGAAAGAAGGUCAUCGUCAUCAAGCAAUACGAUGAGGGAACCAAGGAGCGCCCAUACGGCCACGUCGUCGUUGCCGGUAUCGAGCGAUACCCACUGAAGGUGACAAAGUCGAUGGGAGCAAAGAAGCUGGCCAAGCGAUCAAAGGUCAAGCCUUUCAUCAAGGUCAUCAACUACAACCACCUGAUGCCCACUCGUUACGCUCUCGAGCUCGAGGGUCUCAAGGGUACCGUCUCCACCGACACCUUCAAGGAGCCAUCGCAGAGGGAAGAGGCCAAGAAGGUCGUCAAGAAGCUGUUCGAGGAGCGAUACCUGUCGGGCAAGAACCGCUACCUGUUCACUCCUCUGCGCUUCUAAGCGCAAAGGCUGCGUUCUGAUGGUGUAUCUGGUGGACCGGAGGGCGUGGGGGAGAGCGGUCGGACUCUGUCACUGCUGACGCCGAGCUGCGCGUCCCUGUCAUUCCACCCUUCGCAAAAAGGGGGGAUCACGAAGUAGCCGUCUCUCGAUUCAAUCGAAGGCUACGUACUCGUCUGGUCACCCUCCCCUUUCUUGUUCUUGUUUCAUGUACUUUCUCUACCCUCCCUUUUCUCUCAGCAUUACAGCUCCUGCCGUGCUACACUUUACCGGCAAAAACGACACAUAUUCAACUCGAUUUGGC